GAGGCGGGGCUGCAGAGCAGGGCGGGCAGAACGAGGCCUGGGACCAGCGGGCUACCAGCCUCUUGGCGAGUAAGAUAUGGCUUGCGGCUUCCGCAGGUCCAUUGCCAGUCAGCUUUCCCAAGUGCUGAAUCUCCCACCAGAAAACCUGAUCAAGUCAAUAUCUGCAAUUCCAAUUUCAAAAAAAGAAGAAGUAGCUGAUUUUCAACUUUCUGUGGAUUCCUUAUUGGAAAACAAAAAUGACCAUUCAAGACCAGAUAAUAUAGUUCAAGCCAAGAGACUGGCAGAGAAGCUUAAAUGUGACACAGUGGUGAGUGAGAUCAGCACUGGCCCAGGGACUAUAAAUUUCAAAAUAAACAGAGAAGUAUUAACAAAGGCAGUGCUACAACAAGUAAUUGAAGAUGGUUCAAACUAUGGAUUAAAAAGUGAACUUUUCUCUAGUCUUCCCCAGAGGAAGAUCAUCGUUGAAUUUAGUUCACCUAAUAUUGCCAAAAAAUUUCAUGUUGGACAUUUGCGUUCUACUAUCAUUGGAAAUUUUAUAGCAAAUCUCAAAGAAGCUUUAGGACAUCAAGUAACAAGAAUAAAUUACCUUGGAGAUUGGGGCAUGCAGUUUGGUCUUCUGGGGACUGGCUUCCAACUGUUUGGCUAUGAAGAAAAGCUUCAGUCCAAUCCCUUACAGCACCUAUUCGAAGUUUAUGUGCAAGUUAAUAAAGAAGCAGCAGAUGAUAAAAAUAUAGCAAAAUUGGCACAUGAGUUCUUCCAGCGACUGGAGAUGGGUGACAUGCAAGCGCUUUCACUGUGGCAAAGAUUUCGAGACUUGAGCAUUGAAGAGUACAGUCAAAUUUACAAGCGUCUAGGAAUAUACUUUGAUGAAUAUUCGGGAGAAUCAUUUUAUCGUGAAAAAUCUCAAGAAGUCUUAAAGUUGCUGGACGGUAAAGGACUACUACAAAAAACAAUAAAAGGAACUGCUAUAGUGGAUCUCUCUGGGAAUGGUGACCCCUCUUCAAUUUGUACUGUAAUGCGAAGUGAUGGGACUUCUCUCUAUGCAACAAGAGACCUUGCAGCUGCUAUAGAUCGAAUGGACAGGUAUAAUUUUGAUACAAUGAUUUAUGUGGCAGAUAAAGGGCAACGAAAGCAUUUUCAACAACUGUUCCAAAUGCUGAAGAUCAUGGGAUAUGACUGGGCAGAAAGGUGCCAGCAUGUGCCCUUUGGAAUAGUGCAGGGAAUGAAGACCCGCAGAGGAGAAGUCACUUUUCUAGAAGAUGUCUUAAAUGAGAUUCGACUAAAGAUGCUACAGAACAUGGCUUCCAUUAAGACAAGUAAACAACUUGAGAACCCACAGGAGACUGCAGAGAGAGUUGGGCUCGCAGCACUUAUUAUUCAGGACUUCAGAGGUUUGCUCUUAUCUGACUAUCAGUUCAGCUGGGAUCGUGUUUUCCAGAGUCAUGGGGACACAGGAGUCUUCCUGCAGUACACACAUGCCCGCCUCCACAGUUUGGAAGAGACUUUUGGUUGCAGUUAUAUGAAUGACUUCAACCCUGCUUGCUUACAAGAACCACAGUCUGUUUCAGUUCUCCAGCAUCUUCUCAGGUUUGAUGAGGUACUUUAUAGAUCAUCUCAGGACCUUCAACCCAGGCACAUUGUUAGUUACCUGCUAACUCUAAGUCAUCUUGCAGCUGUGGCACACAAAACACUCCAAAUAAAAGAUAGUCCUCCUGAAGUGGCUGGGGCCAGACUUCAUCUUUUCAAAGCUGUCCGUUCUGUCUUAGCCAAUGGAAUGAAACUGCUUGGAAUAACACCUGAGAAAAAACAAAGAUUGAUGUUGAAUAUAAGGAUGGAUCAGAACUACAAUUAAAAUUUUACCCUAAUCAGGUAAGAACAUCUACGAGAAGGGGAGGUCUGGAGAUUCAUAACACUGCAAUGGUAAAUGGCUGGCCUUACAGAGCCUUCUACGUGCCAGGCACUAUUCUAAGAUCACUCAAAAAGCAUCCCUAGGAUGGGGAACAUUAUUCUUAUUGUACAGUUGAAGAAAACUGAGACACAGGUUAUGUAAGUUUCCCAAGGCUGCAGACAGAUUUGUACCCUGCCAUAAAACGGGUUUUCUAAGCUUUCUGCAACAUGCGUAUUCCUCUAUUUGCAAAUCGUAAUCAGCUCUAAAAUGAAAUGCAAAUAUAGGCCAGGUGUACUUCUUUUACUUUACCUACACCUUCGACAACUUUUACUCAUAUAUUAGUUUAUGGUACAAUAAUUGAUCAAUCAAGAAAAUUAUUAUUACACAUCAUAAAAGCACCCUGAAAGGCUAAGUCAACAUAACUGCUUAAGUAAUUAAAAAGCCAACUUAAUGGUAGAUACGAGAGCUAGGGAAAAUGUAUUAGACUAGUACAGCAGUGGUGCCAGAAUGCCAGCGAUGAUAAUGAAUUUUAUAUAGUUACAUAUUAAAUGAAACUCUUGUAUAAAAAAAUUAUAUGAACCGAGUUCAAAACA